GCUGCUCACGCUGCACAUCACGGUGCUGCGCGGUUCCGGAGCUGCCGACCGGCCGGACGCGGCCGCGGCCAACGCCAGCCGGGCCCCGCUGCAGGUGGCGGAGACUGAGGCAUCUGCAAUCAACAUUACCAGCCUGAAUGGAACCAUCAAUGAUUCUUCCAAUAUGUGAUUACUUAUUACAGCAGGGAAAUCAGUCUGCAGAGGAUACAGCAUUCUGAAGAGUGGCCAAGUCAGCCCUGGCUCGGAGUGUCCCUUCCUGUUUAAUCCAUUACUCUUGAAAAGUGCAGCACGCCACACUUGGCUGGAGAAAGAGCCUCUGCCUUCCAGUUUCCUCAGCCGGCACGCUCAGGCAGACACAGCACCCAGGUGAAGGGGCUGCGACCUUCCUGCUGAGACUUUGACAGAGGCCAACACUCGAUUCCAAAGACCUUGGAAAGGAGAUCUCACCUGUAAGCGGGAGUAAGCAUCAACUAGAAGAUACUGGAUCUAUUCAGAGAGGCUGGGGAAUCCCGAGAAAGUGACUGCCAUGUUGAACUGCAGGUGGGGGUGAUGAGAGCCAGGCUCCCUGGAAGGCACCCAGUGGCUUGCCCCCCUGAAGAGCCAUCCCACGUGGGCACCACACCACAGGCUUCAGUCUGCGUGUCCUCUGCCCAGUGCGAGGCUCUGGGAUAGCCCUGACGUGCACGUCCACGCCCUUGGCGAGGCUCUGGGAUAGCCCUGACGUGCACGUCCACGCCCUUGGCGAGGCUCUGGGAUAGCCCUGACGUGCGCGUCCACGCCCUUGGCCUUCCAUUUGUUCAUAAAUCAGGAAAGGGCAGAAUAAGAGAAGGAAAGUGACCGGGGAACUCAAUUACAGAGUGAUGUGGCCCCGAGUAAGGGGGACACGUGUGCCGUGGGGCCAGGAAGAGCACAAUUAAUUCCUCUUCCUACCAUGAACAGAGAAUGAGGCUGUAAACACAGGGGAAAACAGAGACAGAAUCGUAGCUUCAAAGAGCCACCUUCUAAUGAAGGAGACGCAUUUUUCCUCUGGUACUGACUGAAUGGUUGCUCCAAGAUGGCUCAAAUCAUUAACUCAAUUUACUUUACUUGGAGGGCUCCAGGGGGUGUCCAUUGUUCUUUCGGGUUGGGGUUCUGCAUGCUGCUUAGGAUGGCAAUGGAAGGAGGGCUGUGGAAACCCGCCAGUGCCAUGGAGCCCGCCUGGAUGCCAGGAGCUGCCUGAAGGCUACACAGGCUCCCUUUUGAAGAAAAACUCGGUAUCCACAAAAGCCCAAGUGUUCCACCCGGAGUGACCUUGGGGGGUCACCAGCAGCUUUUUUCCUGAGACCCAAGGAAAGCCAGAUGCUGGCAGGGAAUUGCUACAGCCAUGCCCCUGUGCCCAUGUUUAUGAGCGUCACUGCACAUGGGUGCGUGCAUGCCCAGUGACCUGCUCACUGGGCUGAGCAUGCUCCUCCGGCUCAGCACCAUCCCUGCAGCCACAGAGCCACUCUCUGCUUAGAAGGCAGGCUGCAGAUGAAACCCUCGAGUGUCACUGUUGGUGAGAAACCUUGAAAACUGAGUCCCAACGUCUCUUUUUAGACACAAGGGAUCAAAACCCCAGAGAACGGAAGGACUUGCCCAGUUCCUUACUACUUAUUCCAGGAUGACUGACCCUCAAGUCCUGUUUCACAAAGCCCCACAAGCACAUUUCUGAGCACCCUAAGAGGUCUCAUGGUUUUUCUUUGCCAAAGAUAAUUGGAGCUGAUGCCCAUUUCAAGUGCCUCAACCCUGUGAUGUUACAGUUGCUGUUUGAUUGUCAAGGGGAGUGGAAAGGAAACUAAGUGAACAUGAAUUGUGUUUCUUAUUUCAGAGACUCUCAGGUAGCAGUCAGGUAAAUGAAAUAACAUACAUGUAAGUGUAGGACAUGACCCACCCACAGAAUAAGGGCUCUGCAAUUCCAUUCACCCAUUCAGGACUCACAUAUUGAGUGCCCUUGGUAUGCAGGGGUUGCACCAGGUGCUGGAGAUUAUUAGAGAACAAGCUUCUGUUCCCGGUGGGGGAGAGCAGCUCAGGCAGGUAACAUGGCAAAUACUGGAGCCUUAAGGUGGGAAAGACUUCAGCUUGACCGAUUGCAGGGAGCCAGCAUGAGGAAUUCCCUCCGUGACAAUGAGGGGCAGAAAAGAGACUGAAGGACCGUGUGUAAGGGAGAAGUGGUUUCUGAACUUGUAGAAGAAGGCAGGGCCCUGUAGGUCAUGAUGAACGAUCUGGCUGUUCUUUUGCGAUUAACAAGAAAGGAAGCAUGAAAGUGACUUUGAGUGAUGGCUCUGUAUGCUUUGUGGAGAAUGGGAAGGAAGGGUACAGACAUGUCAAGAGGUUUCAUCAUAAAGUAAUCCAGGCAAGAGAGGAGGGCACAUGGGCCAGGAUGGAGUGGAGUGGAUGGCUAAUGCAUGCAAGACACAGUUCUGACACAAAACUAACAGGAUUUGCUGAUGGACUGGACUUCAGAGUCCCAGAUAACUUCUGGUUUUAUUGGGGGGGCGGGGGCAGUGUAUGGUGUCCAUGUUGAUGGACCUGUAUCAGACAUGCGACAUUUGAGAUGUCUGUGGAUGUCUAAAUGAAGAUGAUGAACAGGGAAAAGGGUCAGACUGACCAGGAACCGAGUCUGGAACAUCAUGACCAAAGUGGUAGAAGGGAAACCAAGGGUUGCGUCACAGAAGUUGAGGGAGGAAAGUGACUUCAAGCAAGAGACCUCGUGUUGAAUGCUUCCGUCGGAGCAAAGAUAAGGACAUGGAGGUGCCCGCGGGGAGCAUGACCGUGGCUGGUGCCUCGAUGGUGCUGUUUCGGUACUAUAGGAACAGAGGGAGCCUCUCCUGGAUGAUGGCACCACCAACCCAGUGGACAUGAGUGUGAGCAAGCUCCAGGAGAUGGUGAAGGGCAGGGGAGCCUGGCGUGCUGCAGCCCACGGGGUUGCAAAGAGUCGGACACAACUGAGCGACUGAACAACAACUCCCGGAUAAACGAGCAUGUGGGAAGUAAGGAAGUAGAAAUGGAAUCUAAAAGACCCCUAAAAGCAAACACCAAUGCAAAGUCAGAGGAUGAUAAAAGGUGGACAAAGGAAAGGUGUCUUUCACCUACGUGUCAGUUUCAGAAGCAUCUGCCUGGCCUGCCCUAGGAAACAGUGAAAGAAAGGGGUGGUGAAGAGAUUCCUUUUUAUGAAAAGUUUCUAAAAUCAACAAAGCCUAGAAGAAUGAGUGUGUACAACUUUGGGCCAUGAGUCUGGGAUUUUAACUUCAGAGAGCAUCUGUUACUCACCAUCCCCAGAAUAACCUCAACAUGGAAAGUACCUUGACAUCAGAAACCAGCUUUCCUCCAUCCAAAGAAGCACUCGGGGAACAUUCAGACCACCAGGCCGGACACCAGCCCUUCCCCAGACAGCAAUUCCAGCAAGAGGCUGGGCACCCUUCAUUGCAAAGAGAUGGCCCCAGAUCCUUUCUCCUUGACCUACCCAACUUUCCAGAUCUUUCCAAAGCUGAUAUCAAUGGACAGAAUCCAAAUAUCCAGGUCACCAUAGAGGUGGUGGAUGGUCCUGACUCUGAAGCAGAGAAAGAUCAGCACCCAGAGAAUAAACCCGGCUGGUCAGUGCCAUCCCCCGACUGGCGGGCCUGGUGGCAGAGGUCCUUGGCCCUGCCGAGGGCCCAGGGCGGUGACCAAGACUACAAGUACGACGGCACCUCAGACGACAGCAACUUCCUCAGCCCCCCCGGGGGCUGGGACCAUCCAGCCCCGGGCCACCGGACAUUUGAAACCAAAGAACAGCCAGAAUAUGAUUCCACAGAUGGUGAGGGCGACUGGAGCCUCUGGUCUGUUUGCAGUGUCACCUGUGGGAAUGGCAACCAGAAACGGACCAGGUCUUGUGGCUAUGCAUGUACCGCCACCGAAUCGAGGACGUGUGACCGUCCCAACUGCCCAGGAAUUGAAGACACCUUCAGGACAGCUGCCACCGAAGUGAGUCUGCUUGCGGGAAGUGAAGAAUUUAAUGCCACCAAACUGUUCGAAGUCGACACGGACAGCUGUGAGCGCUGGAUGAGUUGCAAAAGCGAGUUCCUAAAGAAAUACAUGCACAAGGUGAUCAACGACCUGCCCAGCUGCCCCUGCUCCUACCCCACCGAGGUGGCCUACAGCACAGCUGACAUUUUCGACCGCGUCAAGCGCAAGGACUUCCGCUGGAAGGACGCCAGCGGGCCCAAGGAGAAGCUGGAGAUCUAUAAACCCACAGCCCGGUAUUGCAUUCGCUCCAUGUUGUCCCUGGAGAGCACCACGCUGGCCGCCCAGCACUGUUGCUACGGCGACAACAUGCAGCUUAUCACCAGGGGCAAAGGGGCGGGGACGCCCAACCUCAUCAGCACCGAGUUCUCAGCGGAGCUCCACUACAAAGUGGACAUCCUGCCCUGGAUCCUCUGCAAGGGCGACUGGAGCCGGUAUAACGAGGCUCGGCCUCCCAACAACGGACAGAAGUGCACGGAGAGCCCCUCCGACGAAGAUUACAUCAAGCAGUUUCAAGAGGCCAGGGAGUAUUAAAGAGACGCCGCCUCUGGUGUUCCCGACACAAACGCCCCGCGCCGAUCGCAGCCCGGCGGAGAGCCGCUCUCGCCAGCUUGCAUGUACAGGUGUAUAUACCACGCGAGCAUGUGUCGUAAGUUACACGAGGGCUUGGCGCCAGGCCCUCGCAACUGCCAUAUGAAGCCACCGUUGCCAUCUUCAAUGUCAACGGUCCCCUUGGAUCUCUUCCGAGGAAGGGACGUUCUCAGGAGGAUGUGAAGAAAGAAGCCGGAAGAAGAACCUGGAAGUCGUGGUGGGUGGAAUUCAACUCACCUCGGAUUCAGUGGUUCCCAGAGAAGCAAUGGGGCAAAGAGACUGAAAUUGUAAACGUGAUAAGCAGUUUUAUGUAUAACUUAUUUAAUAUGAAUGUGAUCUAUGCAUAACCUUUUCUCUGGAGUUGUCAUCCCGAAAUUAUUUAAUCACUUCCGUGAGAGUUCAUAAAGAGGCUUAGGGAGGUGGAAGAGAAAGGGAAUUUUCCAGGAAUGACUUCUUUUAAAACGAGAAAUGCAAUAGAAAGAUAUCAGCAUAAGAAAACCUGAAACCAAAGGUGAGUUAGCCAGUGAGGUACCUUGCUUAAGUCUCAGCUGCCAAAAUGCCCUUCCCUCAGACUGGUAGGGGGUAGAGGGGGAGCAGAUGUAUAUUUUCAGAGCAAAUCUGAGGCCUAGUUUUAAAUAAGCUUUAAAAUAAAGGAUGAUAUUAGCACAAUGCUGUAAUUCUACUAAAAGACCCCAGAAUGGUAGAAUUUCUGUUCAUGCCUUAAUAGGUUCAGAAGACUACAGGAAGAUCAGAGUUAAAAACAAGGAGUAGCACUUUUCCAAAGAAAACUGCAAAAUAAAUGGAAAAAGAACAUGAACUUCAUUUCAUCUAUUUUAUUUUCAUACCAUCUUAACAAUUUUUUUCUCCACCAAUAUAUUUCCAGUAAAUAAAUAUAAAAAUGAGGAAGGGAACUCAUCUAGAAAAUCCUGAUUUUUUAUGUUUUAAGAAAGGAAAAAAUACAUUAUUUUUGUAAAGUAUUUAUUGAGUCACUGAGUCUUGUGCAUCAAGCAAUUAUAAUAUUGGCCUGGUUCUGUAGGGUGGAACUUAGGACAAAUAAAGAGUUGGUUCUUAUGUAGUCUUUACUUGCAAAACUCCAGGAAAAGAGAUUAUAUAAUAAAAUCAUAAUAAAAUGUGUUACCUGCA